AUGGCUGAGGAUUUCAGGCGUCUCCAAGAUUUCGGCGUUGCUGGAAGCCAUUCCACCACGACUAUCGUAGCAACGACGUACAAGUGUGUCGGUGAAUGGCUGCAUCAGCAUGCCAAGUGUCCGCUGCGAUGUCCCGGAUUGGUGCUGCCUCCGCUGCAGGAGCGAAGCGACUCUCGGGAUAGCUGGGUGCAGGAGAUGGGCGGCGAUGUGUUCAGGGCGGAUGGUUUUGGCAGCCUGGACCCAUGGCUGAUAGGUGCGCCACUGUACGACACGCCGGUGCAGCUUUUCCGGGAGAGGCUGGACCCCAUGCCACUUCCUUCUGCCGUCCUCGAAGAGGAAUCGGACUCGGAGGAAGAGACGCCAGGGCGAGAUGAUUCGACGUAG